AUGGCACCCCUUCGUCAGAACGAUGCCUACUCCGCAUCAUCGCAACAAGCAGUGGCUCUUACCAUGCGUAUAGAAGCCAAAAAGGCUGAACUGGAAAACCUCUGCCAGCUGCGUGACUUUAGCAACGCGCUUGCCACGAAAAUGCAAGUUCUUGAAACAAAGUUGAGUACAUUAAAGGACGGCACAGAAGCAAUUGCUUGCGUCCUGACUAACUGGGAGAAUGUGCUACAAGCAAUCAACAUGGCAACUAGGAACCCUGUCGCAUCAACCACCUCAAAUAAUACCGAAGAAUCUCGCCUGCCCACUCUUGUGCGGGUUCCUAUCUCAUCGAACGAUACAUCUCCUGCCACUUGA